AUGAAUGAAGUUGAAAUAAAGAAGAAAAAAGUUAAAAAACCAUUAUCCGUAAAUCUUGACAACACACAUUACCAAUUAAUUCAUAGCUGCGUAGAAGAAAUGGGCUGGAAAGUUACUUCUUCCACAACAGCAAACACAUUAUUUUGGGUUGAUGCCGAAGGGUGCUCAGAUAUCAUAACAGCAAUGAAACCUUACCAAUUUGUUAAUCACUUCCCACUCAUGGCCGAAAUUGCUCAUAAAGUCGAACUUGCCAAAAAUUAUGAUAAGAUGUCAAAAUUCUUACCGGAUAUUUAUACAUUUCAUCCUCAUAGUUUCAUCUUACCAAGAGAGGCAAAAAUUCUUAAAGAAUACAUGUAUUCAAUUCCCAAAAAAUCCAAUAGAACAAUUAUUAUCAAACCUGAUACGGGAAGCCAGGGAAAAGGAAUCAAAUUAAUUCAAAAUCCUAAUCUUGUCGAUGAUUACUAUGAUGAUGCUGUUGCACAAAAAUACAUUGAACCAUAUUUAAUCGAUGGAUAUAAAUUUGAUUUGAGAAUUUAUGUGCUUGUAACUCAUAUAUCACCAUUGCGAAUUUAUAUACAUAACGAAGGCAUGGCUAGAUUUUGCUCUGAACCAUAUAAGCCUCCAAAAUCAUCAAAUUUAGACGAAGUAUACGGACAUCUUACAAAUUUUUCCUUGAAUAAGAAAUGUGAAAAUUUCCAAACAAAUGAUACAGAUAUUGCUCCAGAAACUGGCUCUAAAAGAACUUUGACAAGUAUAUUUAACAAAUUGAAAGAAAAUUCAGUUGAUGUUAAAAUUCUACAAGAUAAAAUAGACAAUAUAAUAAGAUAUACAAUUGCAUCAAUUGCUUCUCAGCUAAAGAUAGCGUAUUCUUCUAAAAUUUUCAAUUCAGAUAAUAAAUGUCGGUGUUUUGAAAUCCUUGGAUUUGAUAUCUUGAUUGAUAAAGAUGUUAAUCCGUGGCUUAUUGAAGUCAAUACAGUGCCAAGUUUACAGACAGGAAGUCCAUUUGAUGAAAGUUUGAAAAGAAGUGCAGUGAUAGGAGCAAUGAAAAUUAUUGAUUUAAAGAAAACAAUUAAAAGUAGAUAUAAAAAAGCAUUAAAGAAUUGUAAUAUGAAAGAAAGAGAAAAUAUAUGCUCAUUCGAUCCAGUGAAAGAAACAGAAAUAUCUAAGACAACAAAUUGGAGAUUGAUUUAUCCGGUUUCUGACAAUCCUUCUGUUGAAAACACCAUGGAACAAGCAAUUAAAUUUUCUGAAAGAAUGUUUAUUAAAGAUAAUAAAUCAUCUACAAUAAGAAAACAGAAACAAGUAGAAGUAUCCAAAGCUCCUGUAAUUGAAAAGAAACCAAAAUCUGCUCCCGUAAAUCGACCAAAGCCAACAACAAUACUAAAGCCAUUAAAUGCUGAAAAACCAGUUAAAGAUUGUAAUAAAGCUACACAAAAACUUUCAGUUUAUCAACGAGAGCCAGUAAAAACCAGAAAAGUAACAAUUUUACCAAAAUUUGAGGAGAAAGUAAAGGUCAAUUUAUGCAGACCAUCUCUAUCAAAGCCUAAUACAAGACAAAGUUCCCCUGUUCUAAUGGACAGAUAUAAAGCUCCACUUAUGAGGAGAAAUAUUUUUGAAUUUGAUAAUCAAUCAAUUUUCUCACACUCGCGAUACUUUCCAAGAGAAAUUAUCAGCAUUUCUGAAGAAGAAAACAGAAAAGAAAUCCUUUUCCAAAGAGAAGAAUCAGCACAAUUAAUGCAUUUGAGAUCUAAAAUUAGAUUAAUUUUCGAUGCUUUACAGAAAAAAUGA